AUGAUCCGGCGGAAUCACGGGCACAUCUUCAGUGUUGCCUCGAUGAGUGCCUUCAUCCCGCCGCCAGGAAUUGCGGACUACGCGGCGUCUAAAGCUGGAUUGAUUGCGUUUCACGAGUGUCUUUCUCAAGAGCUUCGAGUCCAGAAAGCGCCCAAAGUCCGCACCUCGCUCGCUGUACUGAGCUUCACGAAAACGCCAUUAUUCAAGGGAGAGACAUAUCAGCCCUGGUUCCUGAUGCCCCUUUUGCACGUUGACACCGUCGUGGACGCCAUCGUUCAGGCCCUUGACAGUGGACACAGCCAAACAAUUUUCCUUCCUGGCAUAUUCGGACUCUUUGCAGGCCUGGUGAGUUUCUUCCCUGUGGUGCAGAGUUCUAGUUAA